AUGGAAACACAAAUACGUUGGAGAGGUAUCACGCUGGGCCGCACCGCAGGCUACGGCCUCUGCGCCGGCUGCCCCGGCCGCACCCCAUGCCCGGCUGCUCGGCCUCCGCCCCGCGCCCCGUGCGCCCGCCUGCCGUCGCCGCAUGGUCGCGAAAGCCGGGUCACGGCCUCCGCACCGUCGGCCGCGCACCUCGCCUGGCCUCCGCACCGCGCCCUGUGUCCGUCCGCCCGGUUGUGCGCCGCGCUGUGCCCGCUCCCGGCCGUCCGGCCUCCGCCCGACUGUGCCCGUGGUCAUCCCCGCCCGUCCAUAGUUCCACACCCGACCGCGCUCCCGCGCUCUUUCCAGCCGCCCAUGGCCGGCGAGCCCGAGGGGCAGCGGCAGUUGCAGUAA